AUGGCUAUUAUAGAUCUUGCUAGCCUUUGUUCUCCUAUACAUACAUUUAAAAGAGGCCUAAUAUUUGGCCAGAAUCCGAGUAAAUCUGCCAAAGAUCAGGGACUUGAAGCAAAAAAUGUACCUUCGAACAAUAAUCACUCAAAUAAUUCGUUAUUAGAAGCUCAAAAUGAAAUAACAAAUUAUGGAAGAAUUAAUGUUACUGCUUUAAAAAGCACUGAUGAAUAUUCAAGUUUAAGAAAGAGUAUUGAAUCCAAAUCAAAGCAAGAUUCUGAAUCAUUAGAAGUUACAAUGUCUGAAUUAGGAGCAGGAUCAGUUUUAGAUACAAAUACAAGUUUAGGUUUAUUAUCUGGAUUAGGACAAAAAUCUGAGUCAUAUUCUAAUUAUGAAUCAAGAAAAAUAGAUACCAAAACAGGAUGUUAUUUGAGAAGUGGUCAAGAAAGUGCAAUUUUAGUUAAACAAAUUCCAAAUAAUCAAACUCAAGAAGGAAGCCUGAAUUUAAUGAAAAUAACACAGAAUAUUCAAAGUUAUGGAUUUAGAUAUAGUUACGAAAAUCCGAAUAUAUUUACUAAUAAUAACAAUAAUAGUAUAAAUGUAAGUAUGAAUGUGAAUAUAAAUAGUUAUCAAAAGAAUACAAUUGCAAUUUUUGAUUUAGAUGAUACAUUAAUUCCAACAGAUUGGAUUAGAGACGCUUAUUCAAAGAUUAGACAAAAUCCUGCAUUGAGUUAUUUAUUCUCAAAUUCUUCAAAUAGUGUCUAUCAAUAUAUAAGAAUUCAAAUUGACCAGCAAGUAAAUUAUCAAUUAAUACCAAGUAUUAUCCGAAUUUUGAAUCAUGCUAAAAAUGUGUUUCUAGAUGUAGCAAUAGUUACAAAUGCAAGAUCUACUGGAUGGUUAAAAGUAAUUGAUAUUAUGUUUCCAGAACUAAGUAAUGCUCUAAAUGAAUUAGGGAUUCCAGUAAUUAGAACAAAUCCUGUAGGCAAAGAACCAAGUAUAGAAGAUGGAGAAAAGUACUUUAAUUACUGGAUGUUGGCCAAGAAAUUUGAAUUUGAGAAAAUAGUGAGUAGAUGGAAUUCAGGUAUAGAGUCUGGUAAAUUAGAUUUGAUUAGUAUUGGUGAUAAUGAUUUUGAAGAAUGUGCUGCAGUUCAUUUGGCUGUUGUUGAUAAGGCUGUUAGGUACUCAAAGAUUAUUAGAUGUACUUCAGGACUUUCUCCAAAAGCCUUUAUAAUUCAGCUUCAAGCAAUCUCUAAUGCAAUAGAAAUUGAAAGAAAGAGAAAUUCAUCUCAUUGCUGGAUUAAUUAUAGUAAUACUGUUUCUUCUAUUAUUGUUGAAAAUAACCAGACAUUUAACUCUGAUACAUUGAGUAUAUUUGAAGAUUAUUCUACUGAGGAUGAAUAA